AUGGCUAGUCAUGAUGAGGAAGUUUACAUUGCUGAAUUUUAUAGUGGUAUCGGAGGAACAAGAAUGUCUCUUGAAAUGAUUCAAGCCUUUUUUGAGGCACAAGUAAAUGGAAAGAAAAUUAAAUUUAAUUGGAUUGAAGCUUUUGAUAUUAAUGAAAAUGCAAAUACUCUUUAUAAUAAUUUAUUUAAUCACAAACCAUGUGCAAAGGAUAUUGUGCAUAUUCCUAUUGGUGAUUUUCAAAAUCAUUAUUUUAAAUUAUUUAAAAAUUCAUCAUUGGAGCAAGCAAAGAAGAAAUUAAAAACUGAACAAACAAGAAAAUUAAUGUGGACCAUGUCUCCUCCUUGUCAACCAUUUACUUUGAACGGAAAUAGAAAAGAUAGUGAAGAUGAUAGGUCUAAGAGUUUUCUCUUCUUGAUGGCAGAUUUAUUUCCUCAAGUUCUACCAGAUUACAUUUUUGUGGAAAAUGUAAAGAAUUUUGAAAUAUCUAAAACAAGACAACAUUUAGUGAAUCAAUUGGAAAAUUUUGGAUACAAGUAUGAAGAAUACUUGAUUUGUCCAACACAAUUAGGACUUCCAAAUCAGAGAGUUAGAUACUAUUUAAUUGGAAAGAGAGUAGCUAAUAUUACACCUCCAUUAGAAAAAACAGAAGAGCUUAGAGAAAUACCAUUACAUCUGAUAACAGAUCCACCAAAAACUAUUUUAAGAGAUCAGGAGCCUUUACGACCAAAAAUUGAUUUUGAGAGCUCAUAUGGAAAAGAGAAAAUUCUACAAUUAGGAGCAAAGUUAAUCGACUUGUAUGAUUUAAAUUCUAUUUUACUCACACCUGGGGAAGAGAAAAAAUACCAAACUGAUAUGAUUUAUUUGAACGAGAAAAAUAUAACAAAAAUCAAAGGUUACAGAUACGACCUAAUUUUCAAAGAUCCAUAUGGAAAGAAGAAUUUAACACCAAUCAAAUCUGAGUGUAGUUGUAUCACAAAAUCAUAUGGUCAAGUUCAAUUCCUUAGAGGAACAGGACCUAUAGUAUUGAUUCUUGAUGAAAAUCAAAUGUUAGAUAUUGAUUCUAAUGAAACCAUUUAUAAGAAAAUUGAUUUUGAAAAUCCAGUAGAAACCAUGAUGCCACUUGGAAAGCUUCGAUUUUUACAUCCAAUUGAGGUAUCACGACUAAUGACAUUUGUUCCUUGGAUAAUGAACAACACAGGCAAACUUACCGUUAAGCAACUUUACAAGUUGAUGGGAAAUUCUGUUAAUCCAAUUACUCUUGCAAACAUAAUUUAUUUACUAUUUUCAAGUGAUUCAUUUUUGGCUUAA